AUGACGGUGAAUCGAUCGGCGGUAACGAUGGUGUUGAUGCUGGUGACCUCCGCGAUUGUGCUGGUUCAUACGAAGGAUGUGACGACAUUGGAGUACGACGACCUUCUUCCGGCAACCGAGACCAACGCCCGACAUCGCGUCCAUACAGAGUCCUCGAUCGGCGAUCAUCGUCAGGGUCGCAUGUCCCUUCAAGCCGAGCUACCGGCGUCGAAGGCGAAGAGGGAGCAAGCGCUUCGCAGCAUCCUCGCGGCGAGAAGACGACAGAUCUUCAGCCAACGGCCAAUCGAAUCUCGGAAUCUGAACCGCACACCAAGACCGUUCGACGCGUCCGCGAAAGACUCGCCGGAUGUUCUGGAGGCUCAGGAGACCAGGCAUGGAAUGUACGUAACUGCAGCAGCGAGCAGCAAGGCGGACGAGGAGGCAGCGAGCAGCAAGAUCAUCGUACCGGAAUUAUCGAGCAAAGACUUGGACAUCGAGUUCGUGUCGACGGAGGGGGAAGGCAAACAGACGAUCGAGCAGAAUUCGAGAAAACCGAGCAACGAGAGCCUCGCGGUAUCGAUUGUCGGGAGUAAACCAAUCUCCGACAAUCCGAAAGGCAAUUAUUCGAUCAGUCAUAGGAACCUUGCCGCUCCUUUGUCCUCUACGAGCUUUCCCUCCCUCGUUGGGGGUCCCCAGAAAGCUUCGGACCCGGAAGUUCGCAAGAAGAACAUCGUCUCGAUGCCGGAGUCGUUGUACAAGUAUUUCAGACCGGUGGAGAGCAACAUACCCGUGGAAGACAUGUCUCAGUUCCUCUACUUCGGUCAAAAGAUCCAGCCGGAGAUGCAGAACAGCACGGGAAAUAAUUCGGUGGAGGUCGCAACGCCGACGGUACCAACCGUACCCAGUUCUCGAAGAAGGUACUCGAUGAAGAGAUUCGGCUCGACCACGCCUGUCCCGGUUCCCAGGCUAGAGGAGAUGAUGAACGAGGAGAUGAACAUCGCGGUGGAACGGCAAACGGUGGAGAAGAACAAGGUGUCGAAGAUCAAGAACGCGUUCAGGAGCCCGGAAAAUGGCGUCUACUACAGGAAGAUGAGGCCGACGGAGGCAACGAUCGCCUGGAACGUUAUUGCAGCGAAGGAGACCGGCGGAAACGGUACGCAAUCGGAGGCUAGAACAGACGCGGCUGGAGAUAAAUUUCGCGACGAUAACCCGUCCGCUCACGCUGACACGCUGGACCAGCUGCGGCGCGAGAGAGGAAGUGCUGCUACCCACGUGCUCGCAGAAACGAGGAAUGCGACCAACUCGACCCAGAUACCGUACCGCCAGCCUGUUUCCGCGAACGCGUACGAGCGGACCGGGGCAGAAAGUGAAAUCGGUUUUAAGGAUCGUCCCGCGGACAAGCCGAGCGAGGCCAAGAGCGCCUCGACCGCGCUCAACGGAGUCGAGCAGACUAAAUCGGCGAAAAGCUACGCGCGACGAAUAAAGAACUCGACGAAUUCGACCGUGGUCGUCGACGAAACGUCGAACACCGCGAAUCCAUCGUCUUUUACGGAGAUGCACGACGAGCCGACGGAGAAAAAGAUCCGAAGGAUCGACGUGUACGACGCGAGCGAUAAUCCGGUGGUUUCCGUAAAAUCCGACGAAGCUCGAUCGGACCGGACACAGAGCUCGGGGUCUCGCGAGAGCAACAACAUCGAGACCUCGACGUCCAGGGACAAGAUCGGUCGGUCGACCACGGACGCUUUUCGAAUCGUUUGGACAUCGCCGGAGACCUCUACCUUGAGGAUCAUCGUGACCGAGGGAAGCUUGGAGGAGAGUUUCGCGAUCGGCGCGGACGCUGCGGAGAAGUAUACCGUUAAACCGGUCGAUUCCACGGAGGAACGAGUUCGCGGCGUGGCUUCCGGCGAUGUUCCCACUCCGAGCACGGCUGCAACGACGACCACGACGACAACGACGACGACCACGACGACGAGGAUCGCUUCUGCCCGGAGCGGCGAGCAGGCAGCGCUUACGAUGGAGCCGGCGGUGGCACGGGCGAAGCCUGGACAUCGGGAACAGAAGCAGCAGCAACCAGAAGGGAGUAGCAAGGUAGAGCACGAGGAGAAUCAGGAUCCGCAUCGACAUCAGCGGCAGGAACAACAGCAGCAGCACGUGUACGCUUACACGAUAACGAACGUGACGCGGCUAUUGCGCAACUACACCGGACCUGGGUUAAGCAGAGAGGAACAAGGAGGUCCAGAGCGGAGCACCGGUACGACCGAGAUAACGACCGGAUCAGCGCAGCGGCGUCAGCCACCGCCGCCGUCUCUUCUGCUUCCUCGUGCCGGUAGUGGUAUAGAGGCAGGCCGAGCGCCGGCGGAACUCAGUGCCGGCACGACCGUCGAAGCAGCCGCAGCCGGUGAAGCGUCCGCUGCCCACCUGGUGGGGGAACGACAGAGGAAAGUGGUUACAGUCGCGCCGCCACAGUCGCAGCAACGUGCGGUCAACGGAACGUCGCCGCUGCAGCUGACCAGCGUAAACAAGAGCGGGCCGAGGUCAGCGAAGCCGACGGAAGUGAGCCACAGAGGCGCCGUCCGAUGGAAUCACGCUAAGGCCAGGAACACGGACCUCGAAGGAUCCAACGACAGGAGGUUCCUCAGGAAGUCGGCCAGCGCGGUGCUGAAUCAGCGAACCGGAGCGAGUCCCGACGAGGACGCCGUUCCAUCGGUGAUAGCAAAGAGACGAAGAUUGCCAAAUGGCCAGAUCGCGUCUGCCAACAGGAGGGUGAAAGGGACGAGCAAGAUCGUAGACGCGAGUCUGAUGACGGUUAACGGGUCAGGAUUGAUCGGCGACAAGAAGAGCUUCGUUCGGACCAAGAGCUCGGAGGAUGCGGUCGAGGGUGGAGGAUUUAGGGUAACCGCGCGAGUAGACGAGAAUCCGAGUACCCAGGGUACCGUCAUGGAGAAUAUCACGGCGGAGAGUGUCGCUAUGCAGCGGGGAGUUUCGCUCACCACGGUUCCCUUUGCUCCCUCCGUGGAAGAAACGAUCGAUUCCACUACUGCUGCUCAGACGGCCGUGAACUCGACCGAGGAGGACGGGAGUAAUUUGACGGAAGUGGUAACCUCGCCGAGCGGAAACGCCAACGUCGAUACCAAAGACAAAAAUGCCGUGUUCGGAAGUGAAAACGAGAGUGUUCCCGCGAGCGAUGGCAGCGCGUCCGAUGGAAAUGGCGCGAGUGGUGCGGAUAAUGGUAGCGAGAACGGAAGCGGCUCGCCGACCGUGACAGUGACCGCGACAGUCGACGAAACGAUCGUGCCCGAAGAAACGACCGCCGCGACGCCGUUGCCGAUGCCAGUUUUUCCGGUUACACCCAGAAUAAUCGCGGAAGCGGCUCGCGCGUCGGUCGAGAAGCAGACUUUCACCGUAAAGCCGACCGAGUCCGCGGACCACCAGGUGACCGAUACCAAAACGAUCGAUCGCGACAAACCUUUCGGAAUGUCGAACCUCGAUCCAUCGGAGAUCCAAAAGAUGUACAGGUCCAAGGACGCGAUCGCGACCAUGACCACGACCACGGCCGGCGCAACGACUUGGCCUAUCGCGACGGAACCUCCGACCACCACGGUCACCACCGUGCAAAUCGAGAUCUCCACGAUCCCCCAAGACCAAAGUACAACCUCGGAUUCGAAGGGUGCCAAAUCGGAGACGUCCACCGGGCCAUCCGCGGAGGAACCUGGUAAACGCGUGUCCGGUGAGAGAUCGCCGGAAGUCAGAGGUCGUAACCUGUCCGACAAAUCGCAGGACGCGUCGUCCGACAAAGACGACGUCUUACCCAUCAUGCAUCUGUACAAUACCUCCGACAUCUUCAACGGCAGUGGUCCCAUGAACUCUUUCUCCCGCGGAACGGAACGACGGGCGGAGCUUCCGGUGAGCUCGAAGCGACCCGAGACCCCGAGAACGACCGAGAAAAUCGACGAGACGGUUACCCCAAAGAGUGCUACGAACGACGCGACGAGCACCAGCCGUGUCCCGGAGACCACGAGGAAGGACAAGAACGAAGAGAACCGCGAGACGACCACGCAUGUCCCACCGACGGGCCCCGGCAGAGGAUCCACGAACGGAAGUGGUAACAACCGGACCAGACACAGGCCCAUCUAUCAUCACGCGAUCCUGCCGGAAUACAACACCUCGGUGUAUCCCAGCGAACUGAACAGGACGUUCUUCGAGACCGGUCUGAUAUCGGUCAGUCCAAGGGAGUCGGUGAAUAUCAGUGAAGUGAUAUCGAAGAGACACGACGGGGACGCCAUUGCAUCGCAGGAGACGGUCGCGGUGGUCAGCUACAUCCUGGCGACUCUGGUCGUCUUUCCCAUCGCCGUCGGCGUUGUUCUAAUUCUCAGAAGACUGAUACUUAGGAAUCGUAAGGUGCUGGAAGAGUCGGACACGUCGUCGGAAAUAAGCUGCCGGAAGGACGCGUUGAACCUCGAGAAUGGCGACUUCAAGACGUCCAUCGAGAAGGCGAUCACGAAGCUUCCAAGGAUACAACACUUGUGUCACGAAGCGGAGAAACCGCCGCCCCCGUCCUCGCCGGAGUCCAGAUGGGAGUUUCCUAGAGAUAAGCUUAGGUUACAGACGGUCCUCGGCCAAGGAAACUUCGGCCAGGUCUGGAAGGCUGAAGCCGACGAUCUGACCGGUCAUCAGGGAACUACCCGAUUAGUGGCCGUUAAAACCGUCAAGGAAGGUGCUUCCGAACGAGAGAAGGAAGAUCUGGUUCGAGAACUCGAAAUUAUACAGCAACUCGGCAGCCAUCCGAACGUCGUCACGCUUCUAGGUUGCUGCACCGAACAAGAGCCUCAUUAUCUCAUACUCGAGUACGUGAUGUACGGGAAAUUGCUGGCGUAUCUGCGCGAUCAUCGCACCAGGCAGGAUUUCUACAACUUCAGCGAGGACUCGGCUGCGCUCACCUCCAGGGAUCUCACUGUUUUUGGGUACUGCGUCGCCAGGGGUAUGGAGUAUCUCGCGUCGAAGAAGAUCAUCCACCGCGAUCUCGCCGCGAGGAACGUGCUGGUGGACCAUAACAAGCUGUGCAAGAUCGCCGACUUCGGCAUGUCCAGAUUCGCCAACGAGGACGGGGAGGUGAUCGAAACCAGACACGGCAGGAACGCACUGCCCAUAAGGUGGAUGGCGCCGGAGUCGUUGAUCUACUCGCUCUUCACUACCAAGACGGACGUCUGGAGCUUUGGGAUAUUGAUGUGGGAGAUCGUCACCCUAGGUUCGACACCGUACCCGGACAUGACGGCACGGGAAGUGAUGCGGAACGUGCAGAACGGUUAUCGACUGGAGAGGCCUUCGCACUGUCGAAGCGAGCUGUUCAGGGUGAUAUCCCGAUGUUGGCACGCGGAUCCAGACCGCAGACCCGAGUUCCAGACUCUGAGGAGGGAUCUCGCGCAGCUGCUCGAGGACAACAUGAACGGACAUUACGUGGACCUCGAGAGCUUCGCCUCCGAGUGCACCGAUUGAGCAUCGCGGCAGAGAUCCCCUGGAAAUCGUUUCCCUGUCGUGCGACUCCUCUUCGACGCGCACGAUCGUGUACUCCGGACCCUCGAUCCGUGAUCGCGAUCGAUCACGCGUCCAGUGAACGAUCGUCUGUCCGAUCAGCUGGACGUUUUCGAGUUCGCGAAACGAAGUUCGCGCGAGGAACACGGAUGAUCGCGAGCUCGACACUUUCGAUAGAUGCGCCCGGGUAUCGACAGCUGAUCGAUGCUUGCGGAACGCGCGAGUACGCGUGGUUCCAUGUUCCUCUUCGCGCGCGGCUUUGCCGCCAGGAUCGAGCGGAACGUGUCAAUAGACUGGUUUCUUUGUAGCGACUUCUGCCUCGCGUGCAGCUGCGAAUGCGCGAGCGAGUGCGAGUACUUGUGUAUGUAACGUCGCGAAUUUUAGCCGCUUUUAAACAAUGUUUUUAACGAUAUAGACGAGGAGGAUUGUGUACCGAAAUGAAAUCAGAGUCCGUCCAGAAUUUUUUAUACCGAUUCGUGUUGUACUCGUGGUCGCGUUUAAUA